AUGAAUACUUCACAUUUUGAAGAUUCUUUUGAAUUUAUUACACAACAAUCAUUUUUAGAUCCAACUCAACAACCACAACAACAACAACAAUCACAACUUAUUUCUCAACAAUCACAAAUUAUUUCUCAACCACAACAACAACAACAAACAUUUGAUACAUUUUUUGAAAAUCAACUUUCGCCAUCUCAAAUCUUUUCAUUACCAAACAACAAUGAUGGUGACCAUCAAAAUCCACUUUCACAAUCUCAUGAAGAAGAACAAGUACAAUUAUCAAAAGAAGAAAUGGAAUAUUUAGAAUAUUUGGAAUUGAAUAUUACCAACUAUUCAAAUGCUUAUGAACAUUUUUUAAAACAAUUUAAAAUAGCUAUUGAUAGUUUAGUUGGUGAAACAUUGUCACAUCUUGAUGAUGAUUAUCAAAAGGCAAUAUCAAGUAUGAAGAAUGGUACUGACAGAAUUAGAGAAAAGAUGCAAGAAAACAACCUUCAAAGACAAAAAAUUCAAUUAUUCAAGAAUGAAAUUAGAACCUUGUACCAAACCAUUUGGGAUGUUACAAUGAAUAAUAAUAAUAUUAUUAACAUCAAUAAUAGUAAUAAUAAUAAUAAUAAUAAUAGAAAUAUUAAUUAA